UUCAUCUCCUCGCCGUCGCCCGUCGGAGCCGAAGGUUCGACCCGGCGCUUCCUCGCCGUCGGAGACCGACGAAUGGCCGGGACGGCGUCCGUGGAGCGCGUGAAGGACCGCGCCACAGGCCUCGACAAGUUCGUCCUCCGCGAGGCCCGGGGCAGCUCCGUCGAGGUAUAUCUAUAUGGAGGUCAAGUGACAUUUUGGAAAAAUAACUUCGGUCACCAACUGCUUUUUGUCAGUAACAAGGCUACUUUUAAACCGCCAAAAGCAAUUCGUGGUGGCAUCCAAAUUUGCUUCCCUCAAUUAGGUAGCCAUGGAGCUCUUGAACAGCAUGGAUUUGCAAGGAACCAAUACUGGAGUGUCGAUGAAAGUCCACCUCCUUUUCCAGUUGCUACUUCCAAUUGCCAUAUUGACUUGAUACUCAAGUCGUCUCAAGAGGAUUUGAAGAUCUGGCCCCAUAGUUAUGAAUUUCGUCUGAGAGUUGCUCUUAGUCCAAGGGGAGAUCUUAUCCUCACAUCUCGAAUAAAAAAUGUCAGCUCUGAUGGCAAGCCAUUCCAAUUUACAUUUGCAUACCAUACCUACUUUUCGGUAUCUGAUAUCAGUGAAGUGCGGGUUGAAGGUUUGGAGACCUUGGACUAUCUUGACAACUUGCAAUCCAAGAAUCGUUGUACUGAACAAGGAGAUGCAGUUGUAUUUGAGUCUGAAGUGGACAAGAUAUAUUUGAGUGCUCCACCAAAGAUUGUCAUCAUUGAUCAUGAGAAGAAAAGAACGUUAGUUUUGAGGAAAGAGGGACUUCCAGAUGUUGUCGUUUGGAACCCUUGGGACAAGAAGGCCAAAGCAAUGCCAGAUUUCGGGGAUGAUGAAUACAAAAACAUGCUAUGCGUAGGGGCUGCAGCUAUUGAGAAGCCAAUUACUUUAAAGCCAGGUAAAGAGUGGCUAGGGACGCAGGAAAUUUCCGCUGUACCAUCCAGUUACAGCAGUGGACAAUUGGAUCCUGAAGUGAUUCGUCGGAUGCACACAAUCUAAGCUUCUCGAUGAUUUCCUCAUAUGAAGACUCCCGCGACUCUGAAUUUGAUAAUUUUGAAAUCUUGUCCGUGGACUUCUAAGUUUCUGUUUUCCUGUCCAAUUCCAAAGUAGCCUGUGGUUUUUCUGGAGCAACAUUGGGAUUGAAGUUACCAUGUGUUCAUACUAAAAAAAGAUGGAGAAUUUUUCAUCCAUGUUUACGGCCAGAGAGGACAUUCUGUAUCAGUCAUGUAUACCAAUAUACCAUACGGCUUUGAUUUUUUUUUUCUGGAACCGCGUUUGUAUUGCAUUGCAAAGGGAGCCAAGUUUGUACUGCCUGUGGCAAACAAAAAUAUUACGACAUUAAUUUUGAGGCUGUAUUGGAGCUAAAGUUUA